AUGGGUGAAAAGAAACUUCUAGGCCCUGAGAUUGUACAGGCUAUAGCAGACAAGGCCAAUAUUAUACGAGCCAAGUUAAAAGCAGCACAAGAUAGGCAAAAGAGUUUUAUGAAUGUACGUAGUAAAGAUCUCGAGUUCGAGGUUGGCGAUCGAGUACUCUUAAAGCUCUCUCCUUGGAAAGGUGUAGUACGUUUUGGAAAACGAGGGAAGUUAAGUCCUCGCUACAUUGAACCAUAUGAGAUCAUAAAGAGGAUAGGUUCAGUGGCAUACCGGAUCAACUUGCCAGAGGAGCUUUCUGGAAUUCAUGAUGUUUUUUACGUCUCCAUGCUUCGCAAGUAUAUCUCAGACCCAUCACAUGUGUUGGAGACACCAGAGAUUGAAUUGAGGGAUAACUUGUCUUAUAACGAGCAGCCAGUGCAGAUUUUAGGAAGGGAAGAGAAAAGGCUGUGCAACAAGACUAUACCUUUGGUGAAGGUUCUUUGGAGGAAUCACCUUAUUGAGGAGGCGACAUAG